AUGCGCUCUUCUGCGGGACGACAGCUGCUCGAUGACUUCAGUCCCGUCUGGUUUGUCACAGUGAUGGGCACUGGAAUUUCAUCCAACAUUCUCCACUCGUUCCCUUACAGUGCAAGAUGGCUACGGAUUUGCUCUUAUAUCAUGUUUUGCGUGGCCAGCCUCUUAUUUCUAUCGCUUCUGGCCAUACUUGCAAGCGUGAUCGUUGUGCGUACGCGAAAAGGCAGUCUGCGGAGCCUUGCAAAACUAUAUUUCUUUGACGAGGCUACAAGUGUAACAUGGGGUACCUUGGUGAUGGGAUACAUCACCCUCAACAACUAUAUUUUCCUUUUGGUAGAAAACGAACUGAAGAACAGAAAAUCAGUGGCCAAUGGACUUGUUAUCUUCGUCUACGUGCACUGGUGGAUAACUGCGAUACUAUCCGUGGGAUGUGCCUGGGGUAUCUCCUUUUGCAUUUGGCGCAAAAAUAGUCGGUAUUGGGAUGAUCCGGAUCCCAUGCCCCACUACAAAAAUAUGCAACGUCGGCUACAAAGCACUCUGCUGCUACCCAUCGUAACUUUGGUCGUUGUUGCUUCCAGCAGCGGCAUAUUUACAAUGUCGCAUCAGUUUGUGGAAAGCACCAGCCGGAAUGUACAAUUACUCACACUUGGCGUUACUGCAUUAAUUUGGUUCAACGCUUUGCUGCUAGUUGUCUUGGUUUUGAGCACGUAUAUCUGGAGCCUGUAUGUUAACAAAAUUCCGGCAAUGGAGAUCAUUUUUUCCAUGUUCUUGGUCGUGGGACCCAUGGGACAGGGCGCAUAUGGAAUUUUACUGUUCACCGAUAACAUUAAACGCUAUAUUGAGCUCUACUAUCCGUUCUCGGUUGCAGACGGUGAAGCUUAUUUCGCGAGUAUGGCUGUUAAGUGGGCAUUUAAGGUUUGCGGUAUUGUGCUUGCGCUAUUACUAGUUGCAAACGGGAUUUUUUUCACGUUUGUAGCAUUUGCUGGGAUCGCUUCUUACUCUUACACACUACGAGCUUCGCAUACGGGGCCAAGAAUUACCACCUUCCACAAGGGAUGGUGGGCUAUGACCUUUCCUAUGGGAACAAUGGCUUUAGGAACAAAAGAGCUCUACGUACAGUACGCUCCUUAUGUGCCUAUUUCUGCAUUCCGCGUGUUGAGCGCGAUUUUUUCUGUGCUAUGUGUUGGAUCCACUUUGGGCUGUCUUAUAGGCUCCGUUUCGUGCUAUGCUAGAGCACGUUUUGAGCCCAAUGUACUGCCAAACAGAGGCUUGCAACCCUUUCCUUCGACCCGCACCUCUGAGCUCAACCUGAAAUCAUCGCAAGACGCAGAUAUGCGUGGUGGUGUGUCACCAAACGCAGCAUAG